UCAUCCUGUACUCAUAGCGGUAUAUGAAACGUGAGCGCAAGAAAGAACGAGAGCGAGAACGAAGAUGGCGGCCUCCUUCGCUCCUUCCAGCCGCCUUUCCUCCACCCCUUCCCCUCGACCCCUCCGCCCUCCCACCCUCUCACGCCGCCUCCUUGCCCCGUCCCGCCCCCCUGCCGUCUUCCGCAACCGCCGGGGGCGGCUGGUGGCGGCGGCGGAGGCGAAGCCCACAGUGCUGGUAGCGGAGAAGCUCGGCAAGGCGGGGCUGGAGCUCCUCAGGGACUUCGCCGACGUUGACUGCUCCUAUAACCUCUCCCCGGAGGACCGCGCCAAGGUCGCCGGCUGCGAUGCCCUCAUCGUGCGCAGCGGCACCAAGGUCGGCCGCGAGGUCUUCGAGUCCGCCGGCGGCCGGCUCAAGGUGGUCGGCCGGGCCGGCGUCGGCAUCGACAACGUCGAUCUUGCCGCCGCCACCGAGAACGGGUGUCUUGUGGUCAAUGCCCCCACCGCCAACACCGUCGCGGCUGCCGAGCAUGGGAUCGCGCUGCUCGCGGCCAUGGCUCGCAACGUUGCCCGGGCUGAUGCCUCCCUCAAAGCUGGUAAAUGGGAGCGCAAUGUUGGUGUAUCACUUGUUGGUAAAAUGCUUGCUGUGAUGGGAUUCGGAAAAGUUGGAUCUGAAGUUGCACAGUGUGCCAAAGGGCUGGGAAUGCACGUGAUUGCACAUGACCCAUAUGCUGCUGCAGAUCGUGCUCGUGCGGUAGGAGUAGAGUUGGUAACCUUUGAUGAAGCUAUAGCAAGUGCAGAUUUCAUCUCAAUGCACAUGCCUCUUUCUCCUUCCACAUCUAAGAUUCUCAAUGAUGAAGCUUUCUCAAAGAUGAAGAAAGGAGUAUGGAUUGUAAAUGUUGCCCGUGGCGGUGUGAUUGAUGAGGAUGCUCUAGUAAGGGCACUGGAUUCUGGAAUUGUUGCACAGGCUGCCCUUGAUGUCUUCACAGAAGAACCUCCCUCUGCAGACAACAAGUUGGUGCUCCAUGAGAAAGUAACAGCAACACCACAUCUUGGUGCUAGCACCAUUGAAGCUCAGGAAGGAGUGGCCAUUGAAAUAGCUGAAGCUGUUGUUGGAGCAUUGAAGGGGGAGCUUGCCGCUACUGCAGUAAAUGCACCAAUGGUUCCUGCUGAGGUCCUGUCAGAGUUUGCACCGUUUGUUGUUUUGGCAGAAAAGCUUGGGAGGUUAGCUGUGCAACUUGUGGCUGGUGGCAGUGGUGUGAAGUUGGUGAAGGUAACUUAUGCUACUGCAAGGACUCCCGAUGAUCUAGAGACAAGGUUGCUUCGUGCCAUGAUCACGAAAGGUCUGAUUGAGCCCGUAUCUAGUGUGUUUGUGAAUCUCGUGAAUGCUGAUCUCGCAGCAAAAAAGAGAGGUAUUCGUAUCAUCGAAGAGAGAAUUUUAUUGGAUGGUUCAGCCGAAAACCCCUUAGAGUCCAUACAGGUGCGCAUCUCCAAUGUCGAGUCUAAAUUUCCGAGUGCAAUCUCAGACACUGGAGAGAUCAGUGUUGAAGGAAGAGUAAAGGUUGGAAUAUCCCAUCUGACCAAGGUCGGAUCAUUUCAAGUGGAUGCCAGUUUGGAAGGAAGCCUAAUCCUCAGCAGGCAGGUUGAUCAGCCAGGAAUAAUCGGGACGGUUGCGAGCAUGUUAGGUGAGCAGAAUGUGAACGUGAACUUUAUGAGCGUUGGUAGGACUGCCCCGCGGAAGCAUGCAGUCAUGGAAAUUAGCAUCGACGAGGAACCAUGCAAAGAGGCUCUGAAGAAUAUUGGAGAUCUACCAGCCAUUGAAGAGUUUGUUUUUGUUAAGCUUUAGGAAUCUUCAUCGAAUUUGCAUCCAGUGAAGGCACUUAGAUUUAUUGAAACUACAAUAUCAGACGGUGCAAGUUUUUCUAUGUAUUGACACACAAAUCCCGCCUUUCAAUGAGUCUACUACCAAGAAUAAAAUUUUUAAUCGUUUAACUUACCAAAAAAA